AUGCUCCGCAAGGUGAGAAGCUGGGUAGAAAUCUGCCGGGGGACUACCCUUUUGUUCCUUUUUUGCCACCUGGGUUACGUUUGUGGGCAGAUCCGAUACCCGGUCCCAGAGGAGUCACAGGAAGGGACUUUUGUAGGGAAUGUCGCCCAAGAUUUCCUGCUGGAUACAGAGAGCUUAGCAGCUCGCAGGCUGCAGGUCGCUGGAGAGGUGAACCAAAGACACUUCCGUGUGGAUUUGGACAGCGGUGCCCUGCUCAUCAAGAAUCCAAUCGAUCGAGAGGCACUGUGUGGGCUCAGUGCCAGCUGCAUCGUGCCCCUGGAGUUUGUAACAGAAGGGCCUUUGGAAAUGUACCGAGCAGAGGUAGAAAUCGUGGAUGUGAAUGAUCACGCCCCCCGAUUUCCUCGGCAGCAGCUGGACUUGGAAAUUGGGGAGGCAGCUCCUCCAGGACAGCGUUUCCCCUUGGAAAAGGCUCAGGAUGCAGAUGUGGGGAGCAACUCCAUCAGCAGCUACAGACUAAGCUCCAAUGAACACUUUGCACUGGAUGUCAAGAAGCGCAGCGACGGCAGCCUGGUCCCAGAGCUGCUCCUGGAGAAGCCUUUGGAUCGGGAAAAGCAAUCAGACUACCGCCUAGUGCUGACUGCUGUGGAUGGAGGGAACCCCCCGAGAUCUGGCACAGCGGAGCUCCGGGUGUCAGUGCUGGACGUGAAUGACAACGCCCCAGCCUUCCAGCAAUCCAGCUACAGGAUUAGCGUUUUGGAGAGCGCGCCAGCCGGCAUGCUACUCAUCCAGCUCAAUGCCUCUGACCCAGACCUGGGUCCCAGUGGUAACGUCACCUUUUCUUUCAGUGGUCACACCCCUGAUCGUGUGAGAAAUCUCUUUAGCCUGCACCCCACUAAUGGAAAGCUUACUCUUCAGGGGCCCCUAGACUUUGAGAGCGAGAAUUACUAUGAAUUUGAUGUUCGGGCUCGAGAUGGGGGUUCUCCAGCCAUGGAGCAACAUUGCAGCCUUCGGGUGGAUCUCCUGGAUGUAAAUGACAACGCCCCCCACAUCACAGUGACCUCAGAGCUUGGGACUCUCCCUGAGAGCGCAGAACCUGGCACCGUGGUGGCGCUCAUCAGUGUGCAGGACCCCGACUCAGGUUCAAAUGGAGAUGUGAGCCUCCGUAUUCCUGACCAUUUGCCCUUUGCCCUCAAGUCCGCCUUCAAGAACCAGUUCUCCCUGGUGACUGCUGGACCCUUGGACCGAGAGGCCAAAUCCAGCUAUGAUAUCAUGGUCACUGCUUCUGAUGCUGGGAGCCCUCCUCUGAGUACCCACAGGACCAUUUUCCUCAAUAUUUCAGAUGUGAAUGAUAACCCACCCUCUUUCUUUCAGAGGUCACACGAAGUAUUUGUUCCAGAGAACAAUCGCCCAGGGGACCUGCUUUGCUCCCUUGCAGCCUCUGAUCCAGACUCUGGCUUGAAUGCCCUUAUCUCCUACUCUCUCCUAGAGCCCAGAAAUCGAGAUGUGUCAGCUUCCUCCUUCAUCUCUCUGAACCCCCAGACGGGAGCUGUUCAUGCUACUCGAUCCUUUGACUAUGAGCAAACACAGACACUGCAGUUUGAGGUGCAGGCCCGGGAUCGGGGCAACCCACCCCUUAGUAGCACCGUGACAGUUCGUCUAUUUGUACUGGACCUCAAUGACAAUGCGCCAGCUGUGCUCCGCCCUAGAGCCCGACCUGGUUCCUUAUGUCCACAAGCACUGCCUCCAUCAGUUGGUGCUGGACACCUAGUUACAAAGGUGACCGCUGUGGACUUGGAUUCGGGUUACAAUGCUUGGGUUUCGUAUCAGCUCCUGGAGGCCCCAGAUCCCAGCCUGUUUGCAGUCUCCCGCUAUGCUGGGGAGGUGCGGACGGCUGUUCCCAUCCCAGCUGAUCUCCCGCCGCAGAAGCUGGUCAUUGUGGUAAAGGAUAGUGGUAGCCCACCACUCUCUACCUCCGUUACUCUCCUGGUGUCCUUGGAAGAAGACACUCAUCCAGUUGUCCCUGAUCUUCGAGAAUCUUCAGCUCCAAGGGAAGGAGAAUCCCACUUGACCCUGUACUUGGCUGUAUCUCUAGUGGCGAUUUGCUUUGUCUCCUUUGGCUCAUUCGUGGCACUAAUCUCGAAGUGCCUGCGUGGGGCUGCCUGUGGAGUGACCUGCUUUCCUGCCGGCACCUGUGCGUGUCUCACCCGAUCUCGAAGGAGAGAGGGGCUUCCUCCUUCCAAUGGGAUCCUCCGAAUCCAGCUAGGGUCAGAUGAUCCUAUCAAGUUUGUUGAUGUGGGCGGCCACUCUCAUGGCUGUACACCCUUGGCUUCUGCACCCACUCGGAGCGAUAGCUUCAUGAUGGUGAAGUCACCCAGUGCACCUAUGGCAGGGGAACCUGUUCGCCCAAGUUGCCCACCCUCUGAUCUUCUCUAUGGGCUAGAGGUGAGACCUUUGCAGGCUCAGCCAAUGCUUGAGGGUUGUUCUGAGGCAGGCGUGUGGCUGGGCCAUGUCCCAGAGAGUACUGGUCUCUCUGUAAGAGCCUAUAGUGAUGUCACCACUGCUGUGAGUGGUAACUAUGUGGUGGAUGCUAUGCUGUAGAAGUGUUUUGUGAAUUAACCAGGGAGUUUUCACGGAUUAGUACUUGAGGUGGGUUAUGCCCUUAUCUGAGAGUAAGAAUUGAAAGUAAGUGAUCAAGAGGCAGGGUAUUGUGGAAACACACGACUGGAAUGUGGAUCAUAUGGAAGGCUCUUGUGCACAAGGUGCACCUAAACCCCGGUGGCUGCUUUCUCUACUCUUCCUGAAUGUGAGGGGCCGGGGUCUGGAACACUUUAACUCUAGGUUAAGGGGAGCUAAUAUCUUUGCCCCACAGCAUCAUCUACUCCCUAAUCCACGGUGAAAGGGACUCUCUGCUUGAAACAUAGCAGAGAGCAAAAAGAAGAAAGAACCCAGGGAGUAGAGAGGCAUUGAGGUGGAAGCAGGGAUCUUUUCGUCCAGGUCUUCAGGACUCCCAAUCAAGUCCCCACUGGGAUUUGAGCUAGAUUCAGUAGAUUGGGGCAGGGGAACAUUACCUCUUUGGGAGGAAAAGGCAAUAAGUGAAAUCACUAAAUAUCUAAACCUGUUUUACUGCUGAGGAAUUCAUAGAGACAGCCACUAUGGGAGUCUUUAAGUAGUUUCUUCUGAAUUGAUGAAACCAUAAAGCCUAGAGGCCAUGCCUAGACUCUAGUCACCUUCCUUGGGUGACCUGGAUCAGUCCUAGAAAUGUUCCUCCUAUCACAAGCUGUGAUGCCCAUUCCAUAGCUAAAGUCUGGGAUCUCAGAAAAAUUGAAUCCUUAUAGCCAUCAGCUGACACUGAGAUUCCUCGAAGUACUGCUGGAGAGUCCGAGCAAGACUCUAAAGGGUCCUGACAAAUCUUUUCUCUCACCUUGGCAGUGUUUGGUAGGAUGGGGUAGGGAGGGGCUAACACAUGGGCUUUGCCUCCCUGAGAAGGACAAAAUUUUGUUGGUUCAAGCAAAGUAGUGGGAGCUUCUGAAGUCAUGCAGGAAGUUGCUGGGACAGAACACUGAGAAGUUCUGUACCACUUUGUCUUCCCUGUUGAGCACCAUCUGAGCUGCCAAGGGGGCUGAAUCAACCUGCAGCA